UUUAUCCUAUAUUAGUCUACCUUUCUGUCUCCCGCUCCAUGGAAGCAAUCAAACUACUCCACGGCCAACUCAUUGUCUCAGGUCUCCAUAGGCACCCGUUGCACAUCUCUAAAGUUCUCGCCUUUUACACUAUCUCCCCUUCUCAUCUCCCUCAUUCUCUCCUCAUCUUCAACCAAAUAGAAAACCCUAACACCUUCAUCUUCAACACAAUGUUUAGAGCCUUUGCCCAAAGCAACACCCCAACGGAAGCCCUCCUUCUCUACAGCCAAUCCAGAGCUCUAGGGCUCAAACAUGACAACAUGACCUUCCCUUUCGUGCUCAAGGCUUGCGUGAAGAUUCCAGCCAUGAUAGAUGGUCAGUGGAUUCAUGUCCAUGUUCUGAAACUAGGAUUCAUCUCUGAUGUCUUCAUAUCAAAUGCACUGAUUAGUCUGUACUCAUCUUGCAAGGAAUUGGGUUAUGCACGACAGCUGUUUGAUGAAAUGACGGUUAGAGAUUUAGUGUCAUGGAACUCUUUAAUUUGCGGGAGUGCAAAGGCUCAACGAUUUAAUGAUGUUUUGAGGCUUUUUGAAAUGAUGCGUGCAGCAAAAGUAAAGGCUGAUGGGGUGACCAUGGUGAAUGUCAUCUCUGCUUGCACACAAUUGAGAGAAUGGGAAUUGGGAGAGACUGUGGUCAAGUAUAUAGAGGACAAUUGCAUAGAGGUUGAUUUGUAUCUUGGAAAUACUUUGAUAGACUACUAUGGCCGACGAGGAUUUGUGGAAGAUGCUCAGAAGUUGUUUGAUGAAAUGAGGGAGAAGAAUUCGAUCACUAUGAAUGCGAUGAUUGCGACAUUUGCGAAGGCUGGAGACUUGGUUGGUGCAAGAAAGAUGUUUGAUAGGAUGCCUGAGAGGGAUUUAGUUUCUUGGAGCUUGAUGAUUACCGGGUAUUGUCAAAUGAAAAAUUUCCUAGAAGCACUAGAACUAUUCAGAAAAAUGCAGAAAACUAAGAUAAAGCCAGAUGAAAUUGUGAUUGCAAGUGUCCUCUCUGCUUGUGCGCAUCUUGUUGCACGCAAUCUCGGGCGGUCAGUUCAUGCAUGCAUUCGAAGGAAUGGCAUAACAAUGGAUAUUUUUGUUGGGAACACCUUGAUUGACAUGUACUCCAAGUGUGGAUGCAUCAGUGAGGCGUAUAAAGUAUUUGAUGGCAUGAGAAAGAAGGAUACUCUGACAUGGAAUUCGAUCAUAUUGGGGCUGGCGACUAGCGGAAAUGGCGACAGUGCCUUGCAGGCUUUUUCUGAUAUGUUGAGGACGGAGUUUAAGCCUGAUGAGGUGACAUUCCUGGGUGUCUUGAUUGCCUGCGUGCACUCUGGGUUGGUUGAUGAAGGGCUUAAAUAUUUUGAGAGCAUGAGAGAAGUUCAUGGGGUGGAGCCUCAGAUGAAGCAUUAUGGAUGUGUUAUUGAUCUUCUUAGCCGUUGUGGUCAAUUGGACAAGGCUUUUGAGUUCAUUGGAGAAAUGAUAAUGAGGCCUGAUGCAAUAGCAUGGAGGGCUUUCCUGGGAGCUUGCAAGGUUCAUGGUAAUGUCACAAUGGCAGAGUAUGCCAAUAAGAAGCUCAAUAAGCUUGAUCCUGGUGACAGUGGGAACUAUGUUCUCCUUUCACAUGCAUAUGCUGCAGCUGAGAGAUGGAAUGAUGUGGUGAAAUUGAGGGAAAAGGUGGCUGAGGUUGAUAUACGGAAGAAUCCUGGUUGGAGCAUAAUUGAAAUCGGCAACUCUUCAGUAAGCUCGAAGGUGGCAGCUUCAUGAAUAAGAAUGAGAAUUUGAUGGAAUCAAUAGGGAAUGCAAAAAUUAAUGCAGCGUCCAUGGAUUUUAAGACUUCUUUACUGCAGUCAGGAGAUUUCUAUACUAAACUUUGAUGGCUCAGAUAAGCUGAAGAAAGCAUAGAAAUUUUUUUAAAAGCUCAGAAUUUUAUCCAGGUUUGAAUUCACUCUUCGAACUCUAAGAUUUUUAAGCUAGCUGAUC